AUGGAUAUUCGUGUGAUUUGUCCACCCAUCACCAGUGUCCACCCAUCACCAGUGUCCACCCAUCACCAGUGUCCCCCAUCUCCAGUGUCCCCCAUCUCCAGUGUCCACCCAUCACCAGUGUCCACCCAUCACCAGUGUCCACCCAUCACCAGUGUCCACCCAUCACCAGUGUCCACCCAUCACCAGUGUCCACCCAUCAGUGUCCACCCAUCUCUGCGUCCACCCAUCACCAGUGUCCACCCAUCACUAGUGUCCACCCAUCACCAGUGUCCACCCAUCACCAGUGUCCACCCAUCACCAGUGCGUCCACCCAUCACCAGUGUCCACCAUCAACAGUGUCCACCCAUCACCAGUGUCCACCCAUCACCAGUGUCCACCCAUCACCAGUGUCCACCCAUCACCAGUGUCCACCCAUCACCAGUGUCCACCCAUCACCGUGACAAACCGUGUUGA